AUGGCCAGUCCGAUCGCUGACACCCUGGUUCGCCCUUCUUCAAUUUCCCCUCCGCCGCCGGUAUACCUACGCGCAUCUCCUCCGCCGGAGCCGCCAGCUUACGAUCCUCCAGCUGUCCCGAAUAUUAAUAAGUCAGAACAAUCGGCCGCUCCCGAAACACGUAAAAAGGCGGUCCCAGUAUCUGCCCUUACAUUCAACCAUGAAGCACAGAUUCAGCGUUCUCCUCAGUCUCCCGUGCGUAUUGAUAACUCGGUGUUUGAGCACCAGGCCUACAGCGCAGUGGUUGAAGGCUCCAACGAUACCCUAGACUUGCAAUUGUCACAUAUGAACAUUUCAGGAACUGUCGACCCCGCCACAUCCUCCGCAUCAAGAGCUGCUCUUCCACCCCGUGUCGAUUCCAUGCCCAGACAGGUGGUAGCCGAUCGCCACACUUCCGCCAGCACCGGGUCUUGGUCGCUAGUAGGUAGCAACGAAAAAGACGAAGGUUCGAAGCAACCUUCGACGGAUAGGCAAGGAGAGAUGUCGAAGCCCUACAAUAACUCAAACUCGUCAGAAGCUAGUUUAUCCAGUUCACAGCAAAUGGACUAUCAGCCUCUCCAGUAUCAUCACCGACCACUCCGUGACUCUCCGCCGGGACGGCAAUCUGGCUCAUCCUCUACAGAGUAUCUUCCCCAGAACCAGUUGUUAUCUCCAAGGCAGGGAGCCUUUGGAACUCCGCGCCCGUUGUCCGUUUACUCCUCCACAUCCGAUCUUCGCGCUCGCUCGCCGCACGGCCGCAAUGUCUCAGGUCACUCGCCAGAUUCGCGACCAAAAUCAACAUAUGUGGAAAUGCUGAACACACCAUAUCCGCAACAGGUGCCAUCACCAUCGGCGAAGGAUAAUGAACACCUGAGAAUGCUGCUAGGGAAUAACGUCUCCCUGCUGAGUCACAAGCAAACGUUUGAGAUGUACCUUGCGAAUGUCAAAAAAACAAACGAUCCGGCGGUUCAAUACGAGUUUGCAGUGUUCAUGAUCAGUGCCAUCCAAGAAAUGUAUCCAGAUGAAGAUAGUGUGACACAAGUUCCGUUGGACAAGCAGAAAGAUGGUGCGCCGGACGUUACCAAGUCCCGCUUACUACUCGAGGCAAAGGCAAUCUUACAGAGGCUUGCCGAUCGCAGUUAUCCCUUCGCGCAGUAUUAUCUUGGGGAUGGUUUUUCGUCUGGUCUUUUCAGCAAAGGAAAGCAAGACUACGACCGGGCGCUGCCCCUUUUUGUGGCCGCCAGCAAGCAUGGUCACGCUGAAGCGUCGUACAGGGCCGGGCUGUGUAACGAAUUUGGCUGGGGUUGUAGAACGGACGGCCCCAAAGCAGCUAACUUCUACCGAACAGCUGCUACAAAAAAUCACCCUGGUGCCAUGCUUCGGCUUGCCCGAGCUUGCCUGGCCGGGGACCUGGGCUUGGGGAAACGGGAACGAGAAGGACUGAAAUGGUUGAAGCGAGCUGCCGAUGCCGCCGAUAUGCAGUACAACGCUGCUCCGUACGAACUGGGAUUAUUACAUGAAACCGGAUAUGGGCAAGAUAUUUUCAAAGACGAGUCAUAUGCCGCUCAGUUGUUUACCAAAUCAGCCGACCUCGGCAAUAGAGAUGCUAAUUUUCGAAUGGGAGAAGCAUACGAGCACGGGCAAUUAGGCUGUCCUCACGAUCCCGCAUUGAGUAUUCAUUUUUACACGGCGGCUGCUCAACUUGAUCACCCCCAGGCUCAGAUGGCGUUGUGUGCGUGGUAUUUGCUUGGCGCGGAGCCAAUACUUGAAAGAGAUGAGAUGGAAGCGUACGAGUGGGCUCGGCGUGCUGCAGAACAAGGACUCGCAAAAGCUCAAUAUACCGUAGGAUUCUUUACGGAGAGUGGGAUAGGAUGCCGCCGUGACCCGCUUGAAGCCAAUGUCUGGUACGUCAAGGCAGCGGAUCAGGGAGAGGAAAGGGCGAAACAUAGAUUAGCAGCUAUCCAGGCGGCUUCAGAGGGAGCCAAUCCUAUGUUGGCUGCCAAGUCAAAGAAGAAGGGUGAUAGACGACCUUCAGAUGGAAAAAAAGACAAAAAGUUUCUCGGUAUAUUCUGAGCUACUGCAAUAGCAACAGCAAUUUCACGGAGUUGAUCUCUGUCAGUUACGACAAUGUCUCGAAUAUUACAUGAUCUAGUUCGUGUUAUUUCGAAUACAUAAAUGCCAUAUACCCCUUAGCCUCGAGCCGGGAUAAUGUCUCAUUUCAUGCUUUUUAUACAAGCGUGUUGUGAAUACGAAAUUACCAUACGACCACAACUUAUCUGCUAUCGGCUUUUUCUAUCUAUCAACCCGAUGAGCCAAGAAUUUUCAAGAUUCGAUUACAAAGCAUAUGGGAGUUUUCUUUCUCUGCUUCUUCUUUCAUUCAUUCGACUGCAUUUCAAGUCCAUUCAAUCUAUAACGCACAGCAACUUAAUCAUUCAUCUUUUUUUUCCCCCUUCGAUUUCCGGGCGUUCGAUUUGCACAAAAUCAUGGUUUGGAGGGUUUGUGUUUUGUUAUUUUUUGUCAAUCUUUGCCUAAUACUUGUCUCAUGAGCAUCUCUUGUUUGCUUCGUCUCAUCUUGGAAAAUUUUUCUUUGAUAAUACAUAGUAGGUAAUUGAUUACCUGGGUACGAUAGUACAUACAUACAAAUGCAUCCAUUUCAUCAUCUCUCUAAUACCAAAGUAUCAUCACGAAGCUGGGUCUGUGAUGUAUCUAAUAUCCCCUCCUCCUAUGAAACAAAUUAACCAACUCCUCUCCCCUUUCCAACUUCUCAAGAUUGAUCUUCAACACAUCCAAAGCACGCACAAAAUAUUCUUGUCCGGACCAACUUAUAUGCGGACUUAUCUGCACAUUCUUCGCAUCCCACAGAGGAUGAUCAGCAGGUAACGGUUCGGGGUCAGUGACAUCCAGCGCAGCGCCACGGAUUUGUUCCUUUUCGAGCGCUGUGAGUAAUGCGUCUGUAUUGACGAUUUUGCCGCGAGAUAUGUUUGUUAGGAAGCCUUUUCUUGGUGGGAAUUUCUCUCCUUCAUUUGCGGAUGAUAUUGUUGACGGGGAGAGAGCGUCAGACCAAACCUCAAACUCCUCACUAUCGAACAAAUGGUACGUAGCUGUCGUCAACGGUAAUGAAAUCACCACAUGAUCUGGUUUGGUUUCGCGUAGAAACCUGCGAAGAUCAUCUUUGCUGGUGCCGUGGUGCCAUUCCACAGGGAAAAUGCCGUCUGAAUCCCCCGUUCCAGGGACGAUGUACCCCCUAUCUUCACGAGAUUCGGGUGUCUCGUGUGCCGAGGCAGUAUAAGCGUAGACUUUGG